AUGAUCCGUUCAAGCUUCAUUUGUUUACUUUUGUCCUGUGUUAUAUGUUCAUUUUGUGAAAAGGAUUUUGUGUCCCUUGGUCGACAUGAAUGGCGUUGUAAUAACAAGAUUAAUGAUCGUAAUUCAAAUGCUUAUUCUAACGGGACUAACCAUUCUGCAUCACAUGGAAUAAAUGCGGAGCCCGUCAUCACUCCACCAACUACAGCCGCUGUUAAAAAGUCGGGAACAAAGUGUUGUUGCGGAAAGGUUUGUAAAGGAGCUCGAGGUUUAAAAAUGCAUCAACGUAGUUGUCAGGUCACCAUGGGUCUAAAUAAAGAGCUAUUAGAAAAUGUAUUUGAACAGGAAGAAAGCAACAACAACUGUGCUGGAGACCUAGAUGAUAUUGACACCACCUCAGUCUACAAUACUAACCAGGAGGAAGAAUAUCCUGAGUUAAAAAACGGUAUAAAUCUUCCUAAAACCAGUUCAGAAUGGCUAACGGCUAACGAACAUUUUAAAUUUUCACUAAUGUCUAAUCCACCAGUCACAAGUGACGAUUUAAAUACAUCAAUUAAACUACUAAAUGACACCAUUUACACCUACUUUGCUGGAAACUUCGGGUUUGUGGAACGUCUGCCGGAUAAAUUACUCAAUGAUAAAUACAAGAAUCACAGCAUAAAGGACUUGAAGAAAGCAUUGAAACUACUUAAACAGUCGUCCAUAUUGAAGGCAGGGAGAAUCGAUUCGCUGCAAUUUAUGAUUUUCUUCACAUAUCCCCAGAAAUUACGUUCAAAGUAUUUAUCGUGGUUAAACGACUCAUUAUGCAUGUUAUAUUUAGUUGUGUUAGAUUUGAGCUUAUUUCGCACGAGACGAGAGACAUAUCUAAUUUCGGCAAGAUCAGAGUUGGAUAAUUUAAAGUACUUUAAGACAGUCUUGACUAAGGUCAACCCAAACAAAAUAUUUCAAAUUCCAAGUUCGAUUCCAAUGUUACACGAUCCCAUUAUUGAAUUUGACCUUGAACCUCCAACUUACCGACAAAUAACAAACAUUAUUCGUAAAAUGAAAACAUCUGGCUCACCUUGUCCUCUAGAUCAAAUCUCCAUUAUAAGUUUUAAGCGUUGCCCAUACCUCCGAACAUAUUUAACCGAACUAAUUCAAGCAGUCUGGCUUUCCGGAUCUGUACCUGACGAAUGGAAGAAAGCUUGUACUAUAUUAAUCCACAAGAAAAAUGAUGCUAAUCUCCCCGAGAACUUCCGUCCAAUAACUCUUCAAUCCGUACCACUGAAAGUAUUCACUUCAAGUCUCCGUAAUGCAAUGUUCUCUUACCUACUCGCCAAUAACUUUAUCGAGCACGAAAUUCAAAAGGGCUUCACCCCUCAUAUAUCGGGGACAUUUGAACAUACAGCACAAAUGGCUUAUAUAAUCAAUCAAGCACGAAUAAGACAGCGAUCUCUCGUUAUAACCCUUCUUGAUCUCAAGAAUGCGUUUGGUGAAGUACAUCACAAUUUAAUCCAAUCUGUUCUUGGCUAUCAUCACAUACCUCAACAUAUUCAACUCAUGAUUAAAAGCCUUUACACAAACUUUAAAACAUCAAUCAUCACAUCUGACUUUAACACCCCAUUUGUAGAAGUAGGUCGUGGAGUUUUGCAGGGAGAUUGCCUCAGUCCAUUACUAUUUAACCUAUGCUUUAAUACUUUUAUCCAGCCCAUAAAAUCGGAGAAAUAUCAACAGUUUGGUUUUUCUUAUAAACUUCUCAACCCAAUUCAUUGGUUCCAGUUCGCCGACGACGCAGCCGUAAUAACCGGCCAAGAAUCUGAAAAUCAACACUUACUAAAUCGUUUUGCAAUUUGGUGUCAAUGGUCAGACAUGAUUAUUCGAGUAGAUAAAUGUAGCAACUUCGGCAUCAAAAAAGCUCUCACCAAUUCAAUUCAAUACCUCCCUAAGUUAAUCAUUAACAAAUCUAUUAUUCCAACUGUUGAAAGUGGAAAAUCAUUCUGCUAUUUAGGAAGGUACUUUGAUUACGAAAUGACAAACAAUGAACAUAAAUCAGAAUUAGUCUCCCUAUUGACAGACCUAAUGAAAGAAAUAGAUUCGAAGCCAUUACAUCCGAAAAACAAGAUUCUCCUCUACAGUCGCUACGUUCUUUCAAAACUGUCAUGGCAUUUCACUAUAACAUCAAUUCAAAAAACGUGGAUUUCUGAAAACCUGGACUCAGUUUUCAAACAAUACAUUCGUAAAUGGCUUGAGGUACCUAUUUCUGGAUCACUCAGUAACAUUUACCUAACCAGUAACAAAUUUGGUCUGAACAUUAUCCCCCCAUCAACUAAAUUCAUACAAUGUCAAACAACUAUCCGCAGUGCUUUGAAGUCAUCUCCUAAUGAAUCAAUAACCCACCUCUGGAAAUCGACCUGUAAUCAUACUAACACCCAAUAUGAUCAGUAUACGUCGACAAAAGAAGUAAUCAAGUCAUUCCGUGAAGUUCAUGAAGAUAAAUUGGAAAAUCGGUUAAAAUGUCAAGGUUCAUUCUUGUCCAGCAUCUCAAAAUUUUUACUACCCCCAAGUAAAUUCGAUUUGGCCAACCUGUCAAUCCAAACUACCAAAAAACAUUUUCAACUUCACUAUUCGCUACAUAAACAAUUCGCUACCAACCCGUAA